AUGGAGUGGCCUGCAAGUUUAUGGUCGGAAGCUGCUGGAGAUGGGCCGUUCCGACCCCGGAAAGUCAUCUUCGCCGUCAAGAUGGGCCUGGCUCUUGCCAUCAUCUCCCUCCUCCUCUUCUGGGAGGAGCGUCAGUUCUUCGAUCUCACUCAGUACUCCAUCUGGGCUAUCCUCACAGUCGUCGUCAUGUUCGAGUUCAGCAUUGGAGCAACUCUGAUUAAAGGAUUCAAUCGCGGACUGGGGACAUUGUUCGCCGGAGCAAUAGCCUUCGGCUUUGCCAAUCUGGCUAUGUUGGCCGGCCGGGGGGAGAAAAUCGUGAUCAUCAUCAGCAUCUUCAUAACAGGGGCUUGUGCAGCGUAUCUUAAGCUUUACCCAACAAUGACGCCAUAUGAAUACGGGUUCGGGUAUUUGUCCUUACUUACUGUAUCCUCAUGGUCGCGGGAGUACAUAGAUUGCCUUGAAUACAAGAGAUGCUCCUCGAAAAUACUCACUUAUCAGGCAUACGACGAUCCGUUGUACACCAGUUGGGUUUCGCUAUCUGGGAACCGCCUCACGGCCGAUACAGAAUGUUCAAUUAUCCAUGGAGGAACUAUGUCAAGUGAAACUCUUGUUGAGGUUGGUGUUAGUAUUAAUGAGUCACGGUCCGUAUUGACACCAGGCACCCACAGAACACAGGCAGAUAUUCCGGAGCGAGCUGCAGAAGGUCGGCUCAGAAGGCGCCAGAGUCCUGCGGAAGCUCGGAGACAAAGUGGAGAAAAUGGAGAGACUAGUGACCACAGGGACCUACUCAAAGAGGUUCACAAGGCAGCAGAACAGCUGCAGAAAAAGAUAGACAAGAAAUCGUACCUCCUGGUCAACGCUGCAAGCUGGGAAAUCGGCCCGAAAGAGCCUGAAGGAUCUGAGAAGCUUCGCAACAGAGACGACAAGGACGAAGCAGGACAAAACCAUCCAUCGCCAAGCGAAAAAUUACAAGGGCCUUCACAUUUGAGCGCGACCGUGCUAGAAUCGACGUCGUUUCCCUUGGGGCCCCAGCAUGAGCUGGCAAAGAGCGCGUCGGAGCGGGUGUUGAGGGAGAGGGAAGCUUCGUGGCCGUUUCGGCGGCUGCCGUCCGCGGCGGACUGCAGCGGGGCAGAGAGAGCGGGCGAGAGCGCGACCGCUCUGUCGCUGGCGACGUUUGUGUCGCUUUUGAUGGAGUUCGUGGCGAGGCUUCAGAACGUGGUUGACGCCUUCGUAGAGCUGAGCGAAAAAGCCGCCUUCAAGGAGCCCGAGACUGAAUUUGCUGGGGUAGGAGAGGACGGAGCUUAG